UGGCCUUCCCUUAUGAAACACUACAGCCCCACCGACUACGUCAAUUGGUUGGAGGAGUAUAAAGUUCGGCAAAAAGCUGGGUUAGAAGCCCGGAAGAUUGUAGCCUCAUUCUCAAAGAGGUUCUUUUCAGAGCAUGUCCCUUGUAACGGUUUUAGUGACAUAGAGAAUCUUGAGGGACCCGAGAUAUUUUUUGAGGAUGAACUGGUGUGUAUCCUAAAUAUGGAAGGAAGAAAAGCUUUGACCUGGAAGUACUAUGCCAAAAAAAUUCUUUACUACCUACGACAACAGAAAAUUUUAAACAAUCUUAAGGCUUUUCUUCAGCAUUCCGAUGACUUUGAAUCGUAUCUGGAAGGUGCCGUGUAUAUUGACCAGUACUGCAAUCCUCUCUCCGAAAUCAGCCUCAAAGACAUCCAUGCCCAAAUUGACAGCAUCGUGGAGCUUGUAUGCAAAACCCUCCGGGGCAUCAACAGUCGCCACCCCAGCUUGGCCUUCAAGGCAGGUGGAUCCUCCAUGAUAAUGGAGAUAGAACUCCAGAGCCAGGUGCUGGACGCCAUGAACUAUGUCCUUUAUGACCAGCUGAAGUUCAAGGGGAAUCGAAUGGAUUACUAUAAUGCCCUAAACUUAUACAUGCACCAGGUUUUGAUCCGCAGAACAGGAAUCCCAAUCAGCAUGUCUCUGCUCUACAUGACAGUUGCCCGGAAGUUGGGGGUCCCCCUGGAACCUGUCAACUUCCCAAGUCACUUCUUACUAAGGUGGUGCCAAGGCGCAGAAGGGGCCAACCUGGACAUCUUCGACUACAUCUACAUCGAUGCUUUCGGGAAAGGCAGGCAGCUGACAGUGAAAGAAUGUGAAUACCUGAUCGGCCAGCACGUGACUGCAGCACUGUACGGGGUGGUCAACGUGAAGAAGGUGCUCCAGCGAAUGGUGGGAAACCUUUUAAGCCUGGGAAAGCGGGAAGGCAUCGACCAGUCAUACCAGCUCCUGCGAGACUCACUGGACCUGUAUCUGGCAAUGUACCCGGACCAGGUGCAGCUCCUCCUCCUCCAAGCCAGGCUCUACUUCCACCUGGGAAUCUGGCCAGAGAAGGUGCUUGACAUCCUCCAGCACAUCCAGACCCUAGACCCCGGGCAGCACGGGGCGGUGGGCUAUCUGGUGCAGCACACGCUAGAGCACAUUGAGCGCAAGAAGGAGGACGUGGGCGUGGAGGUGAAGCUCCGCUCCCACGAGAAGCACAGAGACGUCUGCUACUCCAUCGGGCUCAUUAUGAAGCAUAAGAGGUAUGGCUAUAACUGUGUGAUCUAUGGCUGGGACCCCACCUGCAUGAUGGGACAUGAAUGGAUUCGAAACAUGAAUGUCCACAGCCUGCCUCAUGGCCAUCAUCAGCCUUUCUAUAAUGUUCUGGUGGAGGACGGUUCUUGCAGAUACGCAGCCCAAGAAAACUUGGAAUAUAAUGUGGAGCCUCAAGAAAUCUCACACCCCGAUGUCGGACGCUAUUUCUCAGAGUUUACGGGCACUCACUACAUCCCGAACGCAGAGCUAGAGCUUCGCUACCCCGAGGAUCUGGAGUCUGUCUACGAGACGGUGCAGAAUAUUUACAGCGCGAAGAAGGAGAACGUGGAGUAAGGUCUCGUAGGGGACAUUGCACCUUUGCUGCUGCUGCUAUCUUCCAAGAGGAGGGUCCCCAACGACGUCUCCACGGAUCCCUCUGAGUCACACCACCCGGAAAGCCACUCACCCCCCCAGGAGCGCUGGUGCCUCCUGCCGGGGUUAAAUCACGUGUGCUCUCCUCCAGCUGCAAAGACAAUGUUGCUCUCCGUCUACACUAGUGAAUUCAUUCGAAAGGCACUGUGUUCAGUGGCAUGGCUUGUACACUUGUCCUGUGGUGACAGUUUGUGACAUUCUGUCUUCAUGAGGUCCCACUGUCGACACCUUAUAAUCAUUCUUUUUAUUCACUUUCCAUUAUGUCUGUCUUACAUUUGUCUCAUAACAUUUCGUUUAGGGGACAGAAGGGGUUAUACGUUUGCAGUAAUUUCUUUCUGAAUUCUCUGUGAAAUGUGCAAUCCGAAGUCAGGAUUGUUUGUCUUUUUACCCUGAAUUUAGCUGCUUAUUCUGAGGCAGAGCUGUAAGUGAUCUUGGCAGCAUCUUGGAGAUUGAGACACUAACAAACUAAUGGUGAUUUGAAUCAUUUACAUUUAUUUUUUCUAAUAUUUGAAACAGAUUUCAGUCAUUUAUCUUUUUCUUUAUUUGAAUUAGGAGAAUGACAGUUUUCUCUUCCAUUUUCCUCUCUUGGAUUUAUGCUCCUAUCUCUGUGAAGCAUUAAUUUUCUAUUUUAUUACAUAAACUCCUUUGACAAAAUGCA